AUGCUUCAAUGGAUACCGCAGGGCAACCAAGGCACAGAGUUUCAAGACUCACCGGUCCGGCCCGUGCAUCCAGACAUUUUGAUUGCAAAACUGCGUCCAGGCCAGGAGCUCGAUUUAGAACUGCAUUGCGAAAAAAACCUUGGAAAAGAGCACGCAAAAUGGUCGCCUGUGGCAACGGCGACAUACCGUCUGCUUCCGGUGAUCAAUAUCACCUCACCCAUUGAAGAGGAGAAGGGAAAAGAAAACGGGCUUGUUGAAAAGUUUAUCAGUUGCUUCCCACCUGGCGUGAUAGCGAAAACCGCCGUAAAUGGCCAAAAGAGCAUGCGGGCCGUGGUGGAAAACCCUCGCUUGGACACCAUGACAAGAGAGGUACUUCGUCAUCCAGAGUUUGCACACAAGGUGGAGCUUGGACGCCGGAGGGACUAUUUCAUAUUUAAUAUCGAAUCAACGGGAAUUUUAUCCCCCUACGUUCUGGUCAACGAAGCUUUGGAUGUUCUUGCCAAAAAGAGCGAUGCUCUCUUGACGGCGCUGGAUGCUCUGCGCUGUUAG